AAUGGCGAAAUGACUUUCUUUUUGGGAGAAUUUUACCUUUUACUCCUUUUUUGACAUACCUCUUUUUCCUAUCCUUGGAAAAACUGAGGAAAUUGUGAAAUGUCAUCAGAAGCACAACAAGAGAGUGAUGAAAAGAGUAUCAAGUUGCCAGUCGUCGGGGAUGCGAGCUUUGUAACAUCAGACGAAACACCAAUCCUCAUGGGAUUUUCUCUGAAUGACCCGGCAAAAAUCACUCGCACGGAAUCUACAGGUUCGGAAAGCUCUAAAACAGAGAAAUUAAGGAAUUCUCUGAAGUUCAAGAAUCCUGGAAGAUUACUUGAAGAAUUUAACCCUGAUACAAGUCGCCGUGAAAUGCGAAAAUUAAACAGACUGAUCAAAAAGGACCCUGCUAACCGAGCGAAAAGGAGACAAAGGCAAAGAAGACGGCCCCAGAAACAGACUUUCCACGACCGAUCAGGUGUUCGAAUGUCCGAUGGAAGAGAUGUGUGUGAUUGUCAAGACACUAAUUGUCCCGGUUGCCAUUUUCCUUGUCCUUCUUGUGGAUCAGAAAAGUGUGGUGUUGAAUGUCGCUGUGAUCGACAAUGGACUUAUCUAAAAGAUGUGGAAAUUGAGAAUCCGCUACCAAGUGUUUCUCGGAGAUUGGGAAAUCGCUAAAAUCCACGCCUCUCUUCACAAGAACAGUAUUUAUGAAAGAGCUUAGCUAUACGGGGGUUUGGGUCCAAGUGGGCUUCUGAAUUCCUCUCUUUUGUGAUGAAUUAAUGGAUAAAUGAUCAAUGAUAAUUCCACACGGAAUGCAUACAAAUGCCAAAACCCUGGUUUAGAACCCUAAUGGACCCUGCCUUUGCCCCUUUUAUUUACAAACAUAGUAAGACUUUUACGGGUUUUCCAGGGUGAUCUAAGUUUAUAGGUAUUGUAACCAUGUAAGAGUGUUUUAAACAAUGGUGUACUUAGUAAACCAAAACUGAUAAGUUCUUAGAGAAGAAGUGAUCCUGACUUUUUUUAUAGAGUGUUUAAGAGCACAAGUAAAGUGGAUAAUAUUUCUUUGUUUGCCUUUCACAGAAAAUAUAGUGUUUCUCUUUUCCCAGAGAUUUGAACACAAUUAUAUUAUUAUUAUUAUUGAUCAAUCCAUUUCUCAAACAAAACUGAUGUUCAUCAUAUGACAUCUAUUUAUUUGGCGAUAUACUCAAAGUAAGUUCUAUCUUUGUAGGAUAAAUAAUAUGACUCAAGAAAUAUUAAAGAAUCCUUGUGGUUCAUUUUUGUGGUGGAUUAAAUGUAACAGUAUGUUGGGUCACAAUUGUAUUUUCAUUGCAUUUAAUAAGGCUAAGCUUAAGAUCCAAGUAGAGACAC